AUGAAGCUGAAAUCCAAGAAAAUCGUGAAGCUGGAAUCGAGGAAACUCUCGAAGCCAAAGCCCGAGAAGUCCGUGAAAUCGAGGUCCAUGAUAGCAACAAAAUUCCAAUACAAGCCUCAAGCGGAGGAAGCGGCGAAACAGCCAUCCUGCUAUCUUGAUGUGAAACAAUGGCUGAAAGCUGCACAAGUUAUCCGUUCUUUGCUUCAGCCUAAAAAUGAGCAUGAUCUUAGCAUUCUUGACUACUUAUCAGACUGCAUAUGCUGUAUGUAUGGGAGUCCAGGAGCAUAUGGUGUUGUUACUUUGCCUUCUUCAGUCGGGGAAGGAAUCAAUAUUUUCCUAAAUGACUUUAUCCCAAUAGAAAAUAUGCGUUUCCGUGAGGAGAAACUUACAUUUAGAGUAAGUACUAUUAUUGAGUCUACUGAGGAGAUCAUAGAGGGUGAGACUUACAAAUGCUACAAGUAUCCUACCAUGAUGAAAACAAGAUGUGGCUUCAAGCUUUCCGUCAUCGGAGGAAGCUUGAAUGAUUCCCAAAUAAGUGUUUUGCUAGCUGAGAACGGUACUGCGAAGACAACAUUUAUCCGUAUGCUGGCAGGACAAGUGAAGCCAGAUAAAGUGGGAGAUAAAGAAGUUGAUAUGCCUUCAUAUACUGUCUCGUACAAGCCUCAGGAAUUGAUAUCUAAAAUUACCUUUACCGUGAGGGAGCUUCUACACAAGAAAAUACCUGGAUCUUGCAGUCACGCCCUGUUCAGAUCCAAUGUCAUGAAACCACUAAACAUUGAAGAACUGAUGGACGGGCAGGUUGCAAAUCUUUCUGGUGGGGAGCUACAAAGAGUCGCACUUUGUCUUUGUCUCGGAAAGGUAAAAUUACACUAGAUUAACACCUAUGGUUCUUUCCCUCAGAUCAUAUAGCUGGUAGAAAAGCUCUUAGGGUCGCCACCUUGAAGCACUGCUUUUUUAAU